AUGUCUAACCUGACUGAUGUCAACGCAGAGAUCCUUGCUCAGCUCGACAAGGGAAGUACCAUCGGUAUAAGCUUUAUCGGCGCUGUGGCUAGCUCCAUGGUAUACGGUGUCACUUGUGUGCAGACAUUCCACUACUAUCGCUCGCCUCGGGUGAAGACAGACCAACUUUGGUUGCGCUGCACGGUCUUGGUAUUAUGGUUACUAGACUUCGCUCAAUCGUCCUUCGCUAUUCAUUUGAACUACUACUACCUCAUUGAAAACUACGCCAAUCCUCCGGGCCUACUGAUUAGUACCUGGAGCAUGCCCGCUUUGAUUGUGAUGAACGCAUUAACUUCGGUUCUCGUCAAGAUGUUCUUCACUUUCCGGGUCUGGAGACUCAGUCAGAACGUACCGAUCGCAGGGCUCUGUAUUUUUGUCACCUGGGCCUGCUUCGUGAUGACCAUCUACUACCCUGCUCGCAUGUUCUCAUUUCAUAACCUCUUCGACGCCGAGAGCAAGCUUGAACGCUACGCUGUCGCCGGACUGGCAUUAGACGCAUUUGCGGCCACCCUCAUAUCAUCUAUACUGAUUUUCUACCUGUACAAAGGCCGCUCCGGCAUGCCAAGACUCAACUCCCGAGAAUACGCGCGACAAGGAUCGUCCUAUGGAAAGACCCUAUCAACAACUGUGGAUUCAAGGACAAUUCCCCUCUCUAACUUUCGGGCACCGGCCGUCGAACGCAUCUACCAGGGCGCGGACAACGAGGCUGCUGUAAAUUCCAGCGAGUAUAAGGUCGACAUCGAUGCGUCGUAUCCCAAAUGA